UUCUCUAUGUCCUGUCUGACAGAGAGUGUCAGUGUGCGCAUAUUGGUUGAUUUUUUCUGAUCUUCUUCCCUCAGUAUGCUGGGGCUGCUGCUAAUUGCCUGUGUGCUGCUGCAUGCUGCAAAAUCCAGACAGCCAGAUGAACCAAUAUAUCUUGUGACAGUGACCUCCCAAACAACAGGGGGCAGCACAGAGACAAUCUGUGCCCACAUUGUUCUCCAGAAGGGACCACUCUCUUUUAUGCUUACCCUGGAAAUAGGUGCCAGUAACACCACUCUCUUGGAGGAAUUAGUCACGGCAGAGUUCCAUCGCUGUGUGAAGUUCCAGGUUCCUCCUGUUAACACUGAAACCGUGGCAACCGCUCAUGCCUCUAUCAAGGGAGAAGAAAUGUCUCUGAGCAAGAAGACCAAAAUCCUGAUCAAACCAAGCUCCUCCAUCACCAUCAUACAGACAGACAAGCCCAUCUACAAACCAGGGCAAACCAUCAAGUUCCGUAUUGUCUCUCUGGAUUCCAGCUUCUUGCUUCAUGAGGAAAUGUACCAGACUGUUGAGUUGCAGGACCCUAAUUCAAAUCGCAUUGCCCAGUGGUUGAACCAGUCAAUCACCACUGGAAUUCUGGACCUGUCCCAUCCCACAACACUUGAGGCCAAGCACGGCAUCUACACCAUCUCAGCCUGGACAAAGAGGGGCAUUAAGACCACCCAGACUUUUGAAAUCAUUGAAUAUGUUCUGCCGAAGUUUGAGGUUACAGUCCACCUCCCUCAUGUCAUAUUUGACAGAAAAGCACCAGUAAAGAUUUGUGGGAAGUACACCUAUGGGAAGCCUGUCCUGGGUUCAGUGAAGGCAAAGGUGUGCAGCAAGUCUCCGACGUACCACUGGUCAUAUUCUGCUGUUUGCAUGGAAUACACUAUGAGGACUGACAAGACUGGAUGUGCAACAAACAUCAUCAAUGCGACAAGCAUUGUAUCUGCCGAAAGCCUUACUGUGGAGUGUGAAAUGGAGGAAGAUGGAACAGGUGUUGUUUUGAAAGGCUCUGGCAGUACAAAGUUCAUCCCAGAUAAACUGAAAAACAACAACAAACAAAAAAUUAAAAUAGAUUUUCAAGACACUCCUUCAACUUUCAAGCCUGGAAUAAACUGUGACGGAAAGAUCAUUGUGAAAGGUGCCCCCUCCUCUAUUGCCAACAAGACCAUCCUCCUCCACGGACCCGGGGCUGCUAAUUGGACAUUGACUUCUGACGAUGAGGGUGUGGCCCACUUUUCACUAGAUACCAGCUCUUGGUUGGAUACAAGUGUCCGCCUACAUGCCCAUUGUAAAGAGGAGUCAACGGGUGGACGCAGCAUGUGCUCUGUAUAUCAUACAGCCCGUAUAUUUUAUUCAAAGAGCAUGAGCUUUCUGAGCAUCCAGCAUGCAAAAGAACCGCUUCCUUGUGAUCAGGACGGCCAGGUCCUGGCACGCUACAUCAUCCGAGGGGAGGAGCUUAAGGAGAAGAAGACUCUAGACUUUUUCUACUUGGUGUUGUCCAAAGGGAGCAUUGUGCAGUACGGGCAUUCUAAAGUGACGCUGAAUGCAGAAGAAGUUAAGAGAGGGGAGUUGUCUUUCUCCCUGCAGCAGACUGAAGAUCUGGCCCCUUAUGCCCAGGUGGUGGUGUACACAGUGCUGCCUAAUGGAGAGGUUGUGGCUGACAAUUUCAACUUUCCCGUCCAGUUGUGCUUCAAGAACAAGGUGUCCCUCCAGUUCUCUUCCUCCCAGGAGCUCCCUGGGGAAAAGGUGUUCCUGCAGGUACAGGCCAAGCCAGGGUCACUGUGCUCCCUGAGGGCCAUCGACCAGAGCGUCCUCCUGAUGAGACCAGACAAGGAGCUGAGUGCACAGAAGGUCUAUGAGAAGUUGCCUGUCCAAAAGUUGUCUGAAUAUCUACAUAUUAUCCAGGACAGUGAUCCCGCUCCAUGCCUUCGCCCUCGCCCAUCAGAAGCAGAUUGGUUCCAUAUACUCCCAGAACCAUUUUAUCAUCAUCGCCAUAAUGAUGAGGUCUACGACAUCUUUAGGGAAAUUGGUGUUAAGGCCUUGACAAACUCAGACAUGAAAAAACCUGUUCCAUGCUUUCCCAUGGGGGAUGGCCGUUGGGAACCAAUUGAUAUGCCAGAUCUGAUUAUUCCACCUGUGCUAUUGGCACGAAGAGUAGCAUUUCGAGGUGAAGGAGCAAAACAACCACCCAAGGAGACCAUUCGCACGUUCUUCCCCGAGACCUGGAUCUGGGAGCUGGUACCGGUGGGAGAUUCAGGCAGAGUAACAGUGGAGCAGACCGUCCCAGACACUAUUACCAAAUGGGCAGCAAGCGGGUUCUGCACCUCUCCAGCAGGAUUCGGCCUGGCCACCAGCACAAGCCUCACGGCCUUCCAGCCCUUCUUUGUGAGCCUGACACUACCGUACUCCAUCAUCCGUGAAGAGGUGUUCCCACUGAAGGCCACGGUCUUCAACUACCUCUCCAAGUGCAUCAUGGUGCAUGUCAGCCUGAGAGAGUCGGCACAGUUCACAGGCCAGCCGUGCGACGGCUGCCAGUACAGGCGAUGUCUCUGUGGCGAGGAGAGUGAGACCUUCACCUGGGUCGUCACGGCAACCACUUUGGGUCGGGUGAACAUUACAGUAAGUGCAGAAGCCCUGAGCACUGAGGAGCUGUGUGGCAAUGAGGUGGUCACCGUGCCUGAGAGGGGACAAAUCGACACCGUUGUCCGUACACUGCUUGUGGAGCCUGAGGGCACAGAACAGACCAUCAGUCACAACGCACUGCUGUGUCCUCAAGGCAGACCUGUGGAGAAGGCCAUUUCCCUGGAGCUGCCAGAGGUUUUUGUGGAUGGUUCUGCCAAGGCUUCUGUCUCAGUCCUGGGUGACUUGAUGGGGCGUGCCUUAAAGAAUCUGGACAGACUGCUGGCUAUGCCAUUUGGCUGUGGAGAGCAGAACAUGGUGCUUUUUGCCCCCAACAUCUAUAUCCUCAGGUACCUGGAGACCACAGAGCAGCUGACACCAGAGAUCAAGAGCAAAGCCAUUACCUUCCUGGAGAGUGGAUAUCAGCGAGAGCUGAACUACAAGCACAAUGACGGCUCCUAUAGCGCCUUUGGACAGAGGGACUCUUCAGGGAACACCUGGCUCACUGCUUUUGUGAUGAAGUCUUUUGGAGGUGCAACUCGAUACAUCUUUAUUGACCCAAAAUACAUCACCAGUGCCAAAGUAUGGCUCAACCAUCAGCAACAAGAAGAUGGCUGCAUAAAGUCUGUGGGGAAACUCUUUCACAAUGGAAUGAAGGGUGGAGUCAGUGAUGAGGUGAUGUUGACAGCCUAUAUUACAGCUGCUCUCCUUGAGCUGGGCACUAACAGCACUGAUCCCAUGGUGCACAGGAGUCUGGCAUGUCUGAGACAGGCCUCAGAUCAGAUCAACAGCACCUACGCCACUGCCCUGCUCUCCUACACCUUCACCCUGGCUGGAGACAGUGUUAUGAGGGCUCGUCUCAUUGACCGUCUGGACAAAGUGGCCAUAAUCACAGAACAAGGCCGUCACUGGGAGAAUGCUGGGGCUUCUGGAAAAGGCUCUCUAGCAGUGGAGAUGACCUCCUACGUGCUCCUAGCCCUCCUCUCUGGGCCUCCCCUUUCUGACUUUGACUUGGGCUAUGCCACCUCCAUUGUUCGCUGGCUGACACACCAGCAGAACCCCCACGGCGGGUUCUCCUCCACACAGGACACAGUGGUGGCUCUGCAGGCUCUGACGCUGUACGCUACUGCCACCUUCAGUAAGGGAGGUGCCAGCACAGUGACGGUGACCUCUACUGGUGGAUAUAAAAGUCAGUUCCAUGUGGAUGAGCACAACAGACUGCUGUACCAGGAGGAGCAGCUGCAGGAGGUGCCUGGAGUCUACAACAUUAAGGCCAACGGCGAGACUUGUGCAUUUGUGCAGAUUACUCUGCAGUACAACAUCCCCCCUCCCCCAGACUUCUCCUCUUUCACCAUCAGUGCCAAUGCGACAGGGGUCUGCAGCAGUGCAAACAAGACAUCCCUGACAGUUUCUGUGCAUGUUAGGUACAAUGGUGGGCGAGAGGAAACCAACAUGGUGAUCAUCAGUAUCCGUCUCCUGUCAGGAUUCCUCCUGGAUAAAAGCUCACUCAUACAGCUGAAAGCUGAUCCCAGUGUGAAGCGUGUUGAAAAGGAAGAAGAUCAUGUGAUCAUCUAUCUGGAUGAGCUGAAGAAAAUGGCGCCCAUGUCAUACGUUCUGGUCAUUGUGGAGGACAUACCAGUGAGGAACCUGAAGCCUGCAGUGGUCAAAGUUUAUGACUACUAUGAUAAAAGUGAUGAAGCGGUGAGUGAGUACAGCUCCCCCUGUGCACAGAGUGAUGACUUAAACCAGCUGUGAAAGGUGGAGAUUGGACCAGCCACAUUACUCUUUUUUUCAAUACACAUCUCUUCAGAUUCCUCCUUCAUUUAAUUCUCAUCAUUUUAAUUAAGUGGUAAUGGAAUAUUACAUUUAGAAUGAACCUUUGAGGAAAUCAUCUGUUGUGUCAACAACUCAUCACAAUUUGCUUGGCUUCCAAACAUUUGGGACAUUAUCCAUUAAUAAAAUAGAAAUGACAUUUUAAUGGCA